UAUUGCUGCUGUCCAUGUGCGGUUGGACACAACUACUAUCUCCCUGUGUCAUGCCUUGCGUGGAAGACAUGCAGUGGAUAAGUGGAACAUAUUACCCCUUGUUUUUCCCCUUCUAGGUUCCAGUCUUACCACAGAAAGGAGUACAAAUAGAGCCCUGCUGUGCUCCUGUUAUUCACCUAGCAGGAUCAUCAUGCCUGACCAUUCCUCCAUGCCUUGAUCAAGCCUUCGGCUUUUCCCCAUCUCAUGUGUUCCCUUGCCAAAUCCUGAACCGAAGCUGCCCCUCGAAGUGGUGACCACACCCAGCCGAGUGCUCACCCUCACCAUGGCCAGGAUUCUUCGAAGGUUGUCUCGGCCGUGUGGUGCCCGUUCCCUACUCCUCGCAGAAUUCCCAGAAGAAGAUGAAAUUCAAGAAGUAGUUUCUGAAGAGGAGUCUGCUAAAGUGCCUGCUCAUCAAGUGGAUGAAGCUAUCUAACUAAAGGUUGGGUAGAAGGAUC